CCUGAAAGAGCCUAAAACGCACCCCUUUGUUCUUUUCUUUCUCUUCCCCGCCGCCACACACUCUUUUCCCCCGCGACUCCGCCGCAACUCACGCACACGUCGCCGGCCACUAACCCACAACUUUGGGGCAAGGUCAAGCAAUCUUUGCAGUUUCGUUUUUUCUGUGACUUUGGGUUGUGUUUGGUGGUGGUCAAAAUGCUGCGUAGAAAUAUUCGUUUGAGAAGAGAAUAUUUGUACAGAAAAAGCUUAGAAGGCAAAGAACGCUUGCUCUAUGAGAAGAAGCGCAAGAUUAGAGAAGCUCUUCAAGAAGGGAAGCCCAUACCCACUGAACUCAGAAACGAGGAGGCGGCACUUCGCAGGGAAAUCGAUCUAGAGGAUGAAAACACAGCUGUCCCAAGAACACACAUUGAUGAUGAAUAUGCCCAUGCUGCGGAAAAAGAUCCUAAAAUUUUGUUAACCACAUCAAGGGAUCCAAGUGCUCCUCUUCAACAGUUUGUAAAGGAGUUGAGUAUUGUCUUUCCAAAUGCACAAAGAAUGAAUCGUGGUGGUCAGGUCAUCUCAGAGAUUAUAGAGUCCUGCCGUGCACAUGACUAUACUGAUGUUGUCUUGGUUCAUGAACAUCGUGGUGUGCCAGAUGGUUUAAUUGUUUGCCAUCUACCCUUUGGUCCAACUGCAUAUUUUGGAUUACACAACGUGGUUACAAGGCAUGAAAUUAAAGACAAGAAAACCAUUGGAACCAUGCCUGAGGCUUAUCCACACCUGAUUCUUGAUAAUUUCUCAACUAAGUUAGGUGAAAGGACUGCCAACAUUCUAAAGCAUCUUUUUCCAGUGCCAAAACCAGACACCAAACGUAUUGUGACUUUUUCCAACCAGUCUGACUAUGUCUCAUUCAGGCAUCAUAUUUAUGAAAAACAUGGGGGUCCUAAAUCUAUAGAACUGAAGGAAAUUGGUCCACGGUUUGAGUUGCGACUUUAUCAGAUAAAGUUGGGAACGGUGGAUCAAGCUGAAGCUCAAACAGAAUGGGUCAUUAGACCUUACAUGAACACAUCUAGGAAGCGAAAGUUUCUCAGCAAUUGAUGCAGGCGUAAUAAUAAUUAUGUUAUGAAAGUGUUUAUGCUGCUAAACCAUUUUAUUAUACACUUUGAGCUCGCAUUUCUCACUAUGAUGGUACUUUAGGUAUGUGAUUAGUUGUUUAGGAGGAUAAAGAGAAGCUAAAAUUUUUGUAAUGAAAAUUAUUUCACACUUUGGCACAACAAAAAUGAGCAAAUGAAAAAUGAAAUAUA